AUGCCUGUCCUUCUUACUGGCGGCACGGGCAAGACCUCCGUCCGUCUUGCCCGCUUCCUUCAGAAUGAAAACAUUCCCUUCCUGCUAGCCUCUCGUCGCGGUCUCUCCGCCGCCCCGUCCGGCAUGCCGGCCGUCCAAUUCGACUGGCUGGACCAGUCCACCUGGAAGGAACCUUUCCAGCACCGCUUUGCCGGGGGCGGCACCAUCUCGGCCAUCUAUCUCAUGGAACCCCUGGUCGCCGAGCCCUGGAAGCCCAUGAACGAGUUCAUAGACUAUGCGCGCAAGGAACAUGGGGUGAGCCGGUUUGUGCUGGUGGCGGGCAGCUCCGCGGAGCCGUCGCAGCCGGGCAUGGGGAUGGUGUGGCAGCAUUUCCUGGACACCGGAGUCGACUACUGCGUGCUUCGGCCCAGCUGGUUCAUGGAAAAUCUUUCCGACGAGGCUCCGAGCGCGGUCAUCCGCGAUCAGGGUAAAAUCUACACGGCAUGCGGCGAGGGCAAAAUCCCCUUUGUGAGUGCGAUUGACAUCGCGGCGGUCGCAUUCCGGGCCAUCACCGAUCCCCAAUCGCACAACUGCGACCACCGCGUGCUGGGCCCAGAGCUGCUGACCUACGACGAGGUGGCCCAGAAAUUGUCCGCCGCGCUGGGUCGCCGCAUCGAGCACGCCAAGCUGUCCGGGGACCAGCGGUACGACGGCCUGGUCCGCGUGGGGGUCUCGGACUACUUUGCUCGAUUCCUGACAAACUUGGAGACCGCGGCGGCGACUGGGUUUGAAACUCGCUUGAACGAUACCGUGGAGACCGUGACCGGCCGGCCCCCCCGAAGCCUGGAUCUUUUUGCACACGAGAAUCGAGGGGCGUGGCAGUCCGUGACUGAGGCUAGCGGGGCUCUGUCGGCGCCGCCGAAGAAGGUGGUCGCAACCACAGAUUUGCUCGCCGCCAUUGCGCCGCCAAAGAAACAAUCAAAAAUCCCGGCCAGCACGAGCAAAGCCAGGAAAGGUGCUGAGGAUGUUGACCCUGCUCCUGAGGCUCCUCAGGCUAACGAGCAAUCUGAAAAUGGUGGACCACUCCAGAAGCUCAUCCAUGACGAUCGAAUGGUCACCCAGCUUGACAGUGCAUACCUCGGGAGUGUUGUGGUGGAUAUUCGUGCUCUCUCACAUAAUGAACGUAACCAAGCCAUUGAUGAACGUUUCAUUGAGAAGCUUUCUGAGGCGUUCAAGUGUGGUGUUCGGCGUUUUGCACAGGAGGACCGCUUAAAAGUGACGACUACAAGCAAGAUGUUGGAGACAGUUUUGGCAGAUCAUGUUACAGAAACGACUACGCUCAUGGACCUCCACAAAUCCCUUACCAGAAAAACUAGUGAUCCUAAUGAAUUGAUUCACAUUCAAGUUUUGCCAGAAGGUACCACGUUUGAACUGCGAAAUGGACAGCAUCGGGUUUCAGCUAUGCUCAAGAUCCUUCAAGAGGCCAUUGAACGCACUGAUGCUGGGGAAGACAUCACACGACCUGAAGCCCAUGACUAUCUGUGGGCCAUCGACCUUUAUGAUGAUGACAAGAUGACAGAGGAUACCCUUGCUGCCCUGAUGGCCAAUCGUGAAGUCAUGCAUCAUUCAAACAGUGAUGGCUACAAUGCAGUCCAGAUACUCGGUCGGCUGGAGAGUGUGCCAGAGAAAGAGCGAGGAGAAAUUGUCAGAGGCUCAACUUUCUCUGACUGGGUGCAGACACUCUUUGGUCUGAAUCUCACACACACUGCCCGGAUGGGCUCUGUGAUCAGCCAUGAAGGCUUUCAGCCGUAUGUUUUUCGAUAUGGAAUGACACGAUAUGGAGAACGUCGCUUUACCUGGACCCUCGGAGGAAAAAUGGUUUCAUCAAAACUUGAUUUUAUCUGGUUUCAAGAGUUUGAUAAAUUUCUUGAGUUCACCACAAAGAUCUUCGGGCAUACCGCGCACCUCGUUCGAUGUGAGGACUGGGAGUUAAUCCUCAGUGUUGAGGCUGGUCGGCCAGACUACCCUCUUCGGCUCCUGUUUUAUCCACGCCGUGAGGACUAUUGGUUGAAUAACAAAAAGCGCAAGAAUCCUUGGCCUUUGCCUCCAAAUUAUCGGAAUGAGCAACUCCCGCGACUCUCAAGCCCCUACCAAACCAAUGACUAUUGCUUCGACUGGCGUCGCCCAGGGUUUCUCAAGGAUCUCAGUGAAGAAGAUUACCACUUCAUCUUUUCACGCCUAAUGGAGAAUCGAAAUCUCCCAUGUCCAUGCUGGAAUGAUUGGUGCAACCUGGAAAAAGCAGUUGACAAGGUCAAACGGAUUCUUCGCCACAUAGCUAUAUGGAUUGACCCAGACUGGACAUACCCUGCAGCAGCCUCGCAUGAUCUGAAGGACUUCCAAUGGGACUUGGAGAUCCAAGACCUUCUUUUCGGAGACAAGAAUUUUGAUCGUCCAUUUUCUCUGGAUGCUGACCGUCUUCGGUUAGCUCAUAAUUUCAUCGAUGAGCUUGUGAGACAGGUCCAAACUGACAGCUUCUGGAAGGACCCAAAACUCAAUGACCUACUCAAACCACCCCCUGAUACCCUUGCAAGUGCAUCACACUCAGCUGCAUAUUUUGAGCGUUUCCUCCACCCGAAUUGGGCUGCAAUUAUACAGCAUGUUGUCAAGUCUGCCGGCCCGGUUCUGACCAAUGCGAUGAGCGCGUAUAAUGGUCUGGGCUUUUUAAUCUCCAAUCAGAUGCCAUACUCACCGUGGGGCCCGGUGAUUGGCCGCACGCUUAAACAGAAUCAAGCAGUUUGCCGAACUCCCUCAAUGCUCAACAAGAAUGAGGAGGAAGACUUGGUCCAGCAAGGUGAAAUUUUUGGUGCCCUCUGGCACUACCGAUCCCUCAAAAGCAAGAUGCUGGAAACGAUCAGUUGGGGGCUUAAGGGCGGGAAGAAGCGACCAGAGAAUCUGAUUGGAUGUGAGGCGGAAUAUGAGGCGGCUGUGGUUGUUCUCAAGGACCAGGCACAAGUGCUUGAACGGUACGGCUAUACACACGCAAUCGAUAAUUUUUCCGAAGAUUUGAGUGCAUUUUCUUUGGAUCGUUCAGAACCGGCCGCGAUCACUAUCAAGGAGACUCCUGGCUUCCUAAAAUGUCGGCCGAAGAUGUUCACAAGCCAAGCAGAGGAGAUCCAAGCAAAGAUCAAGGAGCACAACCGAUCUAUUCAGAAGAAUAGUGUGAUCAGACAGUCAGAGACCCAGAAGCGCAAGCGAAAUGAGACAGAGGAUGUAGAACCAGGAGAGGGUGUGGAACCGGAAGAGAACACAGAGGCAACUGACAACGAAAAUUAA